AUGUCUCGAUUUUUCAGAGGGGGUUCUGAUAGCGAGUCAGAGGAUGAUAUUAUAUCAUCAAACGAGGAAUCCGAUAUCCUCGAUGAAUCAUCCGAGGAAGAAGAAGUGGCGAAACCAGUAUCUUUCGGCAGAGGAAGGUUUAUUAAAAACAUUGAUUCCGAAGACUCCUCCGAUUCUGACGUGAAACGUGAAGUCAAAUCAGCAAAGGAUAAAAGGUUAGAUGCACUCGGUGCUUCUGUUAAAGUCAUCGAAAACGCAGAAAAAAUUAAUGAUUGGGUUGUUAUUCAAAAUGAAUUCGAAAAAUUAAACAAAAUUGUGGGUAAAGGACCUGCUGGAAUAAAUGCAAUUCCACGACUUUAUAUCAAAACUAUUUCAUUGCUCGAAGAUUUUUUGAAUGAAACUUUGCAAAAAGAAAAGGAUUCAAAGAAAAAAAUGAAUGCAUCUCAAGCAAAGGCAUUAAAUUACAUGAAACAAAAACUCAAAAAGAAUAACAAGUUAUACGAGGAAGAAAUCGAAAAAUGGAGAUUAAAUCCUGUUAGUGAAGAGAGUGAAGGUAGUUCGAUUGAGGAAGCCAAACCAAAAAAGAAAAAGAAUAUAGUUGUCUCCGAUGUAGAAUCACAGGAUGAGGAUGACAUUGAAGAUGACAAUAAUGAUGGUUUCACCAUAGUUAACAAAAAAACGAAGUCUCCUGUAGUGUAUACUUCAGAAAAUUUGUUUAGAAAGUUGAGAGAAGUUUUAGAAGCGAGAGGAAAGAAGAAUACGGAUCGAUUGGAGCAAAUAAAAAUUCUCCAAAAACUUUUGGAAGUUGCGGCAACACCAUACCAGGAAAUUCGUGCUUUGCUUGCCUUAAUACCAUCUCAGUUUGAUUAUAAUCCAAGCAUGAGCAAUUAUAUGAAUGUUGAUAUGUGGAAAAGCACGCUAAAGGAAAUUAAUCAACUUCUGGAUAUCCUUGAAAAUAAUCCAAAAUAUAUAAUUCAUGAAACUGCUGAUGAAGAAUUAGAGGAUAAAGAACCAGUAGUCGAAAGUGGUCAAACAUAUGCUAUACGCGGUUCUAUUGUCUCGUUUAUCGAUCGCUUGGAUGACGAGUUUACGAAAUCCUUACAAAAUAUUGACCCACACACUACCGACUAUGUGGAUAGGUUAAAAGAUGAAACGGAAUUAUAUGCUACAAUUGUAAGGGGUCAAAUAUAUUUCGAAGACCACUCUUUGGAUGAUAGUACAAGUAGGAUGGUCAUGAGAAGAUUAGAACACUUAUAUUAUAAGCCUGACCAAGUUAUACAAACAGUUGAAAAUACUGUUAAAACGAUACUCCCGGAAUCUCUUGAAUCUAAAAUAACAACCUCUUUAUCGGAAAAUGAUUCCACGGAAUUGAUUCAUUCACUUUGUGUCUAUCUCUAUAAAAAAGAUAAUAUCCAUCAAAGUGACGUUGGAACCCAAAUUUUACACAAUCGUACCAUGGUACAAGUUGGUCUCUGUGCUUUCCGGGAGGGAAUGGUUAAGGAAUCUCAAAGUUGUUUGCAAGAAAUAUGUGGUACUGGACGCGUAAAAGAAUUGUUGGCACAAGGCUUGCAAUUACAAAAAUACACGCAACUUCCUCCGGAACAAGAAAAAUUGGAACGCCAACGCCAAUUACCAUUCCAUAUGCACAUCAAUUUGGAAUUAUUGGAAUGCGCUUAUUUAACAUGUUCGAUGCUUCUGGAGAUUCCCAGCAUGGCUGCCGCUGGGUCUAAUCUCGAAGCUCGCAAAAAGGUAAUUUCUAAGCCGUUUAGAAGGAUGUUAGACUUUAAUGAAAGACAAGUUUUUAGUGGACCACCGGAAAACACUAGGGAUCAUAUUAUGGGUGCGGCCAAGGCUCUUGCCGCAGGUGAAUGGCAGAAAUGCCAAGAACUUAUUAAUGCCAUCAAAAUUUGGGAUCUGAUGCCUGAAACUCAAAAAAUAAAGGAAAUGUUAAAUCGAAAGAUUCAAGAAGAAGGCCUCCGCACCUAUCUCUUUACAUAUUCGACCUAUUAUGUUACAUUAGGCCUCAACCAGUUGGCAACAAUGUUUUCUCUUCCUGUGAAUAUGGUUACUGCUAUCAUUUCAAAAAUGAUUUGGAAUGAAGAACUAGCUGCAUCAUUAGAUCAAGUCAAUAAUGUCGUCGUGUUGCAUCGUGUGGAACCCACAAAGGUUCAACAGUUAGCUCUGAUGUUUGCUGAAAAGGCUGUAUCAUUUGUGGAAACAAAUGAAAGAACUUUGGAACAAAAACAAGCAACUGGUCAGAAUCAGAGAGAUCAGCAAAGACAGAAAGGUCAAGCUAACCAACAACACCAAAACACCGAGAAACGAACCACGUAUCAAAAGAGAGAUGGUAAUCAACAAAGGGCUCGAAAUAAUUUCAAUAAUGUUCUAGGGAAUAGUGUCAGGGGAAGGACUCAGCAGAAUCGUUAUCGAUCCUAG